UAAACAUAUUCUUCACUAACUCUCUCAGAGUUUCAAGAUGCCAAUCUCAGAGAGAUCUUCUUCUGCUAUUAAUAAUAAUAAGAGGUUAGUUGUUAAGAAGCUUUUCGCAAGACAGCAACACGAAGGAUUUGGUGCUGUUGUAAGAAGAAGCAUCGGAAGGUUUGAGUUCAGAUACUUGGACCCAUUUCUUGUGUUGGAUGAAUUCUCAGUUUCAGCUCCUGCAGGAUUCCCAGAUCAUCCACACAGAGGAUUUGAGACAGUUACUUACAUGUUAGAGGGAGAAAUUUUGCAUGAAGACUGUGAAGGACACAAAGGAGUAAUAAGAGAAGGAGGAUUACAAUGGAUGACUGCAGGCAAAGGCAUUGUUCACUCUGAAAUGCCUUCUUCUAAUUCCAAUGGCAUUACUCAUAACAAGGGCUUGCAACUUUGGAUCAAUCUCUCCUCAAAACACAAAUUAGUGGAGCCGAGUUAUCAAGAGAUAGAGAGUAAAGACAUAGCAGAAACAGAGAAAGACGGUGUGAGAGUUAGAGUCAUAGCAGGAGAAUGGAAUGGAGUUAAGUCAAAGAUCUGCACAAGAACACCAACAAUGUAUUUAGACUUCACUCUCUCGCCAGGUUCUCGAAUCUCUCAGCCCAUUCCACUUCAUUGGAACGCGUUUGUCUAUGUUCUUCAAGGCCAGGGCCAUUUUGGGGAUUCCAAGUUACAACAUUCAGCCGCUGCCGCACACCACUUGCUGGUUCUAGGCCUAGGUGGUGACCGGUUAGAGGCUUGGAACGGCUCUGAUUCCGGUUUGCCACUUCGGUUCAUCCUUGUGGCUGGUGAGCCUAUAGGUGAACCAAUGGUUCAGUUUGGUCCUUUUGUUAUGAACACACAAGAAGAGAUUGAUGAGACCAUUGACGAUUUUGAGAAUUUUAGAAAUGGGUUUGAAAAAGCUAGACAUUGGAAGUCUCAAGCUGCUUCUGCCUUGGGAUUGUUCUGAAAUCUUUAUGCCUCUAUUUAUAAUUUUUUUUAAUACUUCUUUACCUUGUAACUGUUUUUUGUUUUAAUUAACUGUAAUGAUCUUU